AUGAAGUCGGCAAACCCAGACGUCCAGCAUUUCCUGUCCUUCCCCUGGUGCGCGGCGCACCUCAACGAACCAGACACAGUCCGCGACACGGCGCCCUCGCGGUUCCCCAAACAAAACACUGAGGACCAGCUUUUUUCAACGACCCUCAACACGACGGAUACGAUUGCCGCGUACCUGACCUUUUACAAGCGGCCGUCGUCGUCGUCGUCGUCGUCGUCGUCGUCGUCAGCAUCCUCAAGUACCUUGACCUCAGACAUACCAAAGGACGACGACGCCGGCCCCACCAUCAUCCGCCAGCUCAAAGCCCUCCUCACGCUCCGCAGCGGGAUAAACGGGUACCCGGACGUCUCGCACGGCGGCAUCGUCGCCACGAUUCUGGAUGAGACGAUUGGGCUCGUGUUUCCUGUCAACAAGAGUAACGGGUUGAUUCCCGACGCGGCGUACAUGACGGCGUAUUUGAACGUUACGUAUGUGAAGCCCGUGAGGACGCCGCAGACGGUGCUGUGUGUUGUUGAGGUGACGAAAGUUGUCGGAAGGAAGUGGUGGAUUGAUGCGAGGAUCGAGGAUGAGGGGGGCGCGGUGCUGGCGAGGGCGGAGAGUUUGUAUGUGAGGUUGGUUGAGAAGCUUUGA